ACGUGUAUGCACAUAUGUACAAGCAACACGAUUAAGUGGUGAUUCAGGAAAGCUGGGAAAUACAGUGUUGAAUUGCCAAACUAUAAAUGGUAAACAGUCUGAGAGAGAAAGAAAAAAAUCACCUGUUCCCCCAAAGGUAAUAAGAAAAGUAUUAUCUGAGAUUUCUGGAGGGGAACUGAAAGUGUCUUCUUUUUGUUUUCCACUAGCCUCAUGCCUGAAGCCUGGGAAGCCCAGAAAAGAAUGUACUGGCAUAAUUCUGUCAGUAUAGUAUAUAAAAUUAGAGAAGAAAAUUAGUAGUGCUGUGUCAUUCACAGUUCAGCCAUGUCUGCUGCUGCUGAUGAAACAUCAGAAGAUCUCCCAGUGAAAGAUGUGGGUCUAAAUCUUGGAGGACAUUCAGAACCAACAGCUGGCCAAAAUGUUAAAGCUCGGCAAGUUGUUUCACGAAUUAACCGAGAGGAACUGGAAGAUCGAUACCUUCGCUUACAUGAGGAGAACAUCUUACUGAAACAACAUGCCCAUAAGCAAGAGGAUAAAAUUAAAAGAAUGGCCACCAAGUUAAUACGGCUUGUUAAUGACAAGAAAAAAGCAGAGCAGGUCAGUGGCGGCCCCAAGCGGCUGGGUCAGGAUGUCGAAAUGGAGGAAGUGGUCGAGCAACUGCAGGAGAAAGUUCGGGACCUAGAAAAGCAGAAUGAAAUUAUACGAAAUAGGCUUAUUUCUACCAAGCAGCAACUUCAGCUUCAAGGGCAUAGACACACGCCCUACAAUUACGUCCAGGCACGCAUUAACACAGGACUCAAGAAGGUGACUGAAGGUGUUAGAGUCCAAGAGCCCUCCAAGAAAGGGAUGAGGUUGCAGAACAUAGAAGAGUUGCCUCCCAAGUACGGGCACAGUUUACUCGAAGAAGCAAGAGCAGAGAUAAAAAACUUAGAGAAUGAGCUUGAAUCACAGCGGUCACAGAAUCAAGAAUUGGUACUUGCAGUAGAAAUGCUAAGAAGUGAAAAAAGGAAGAAAGAAGAAGAGUUUGAAGUAGCUCUCCUUCAACUGAAAGAGCAGCAAGCAACAGGCCAAAGGCUAAGCAUUCGAGACAACGUAGAAAUGAUCAAGCUCCACAAACAGCUGAUAGAGAAAAGCAGUGAAUUUGCAGCAGUGGAAGAAAAGUUACUUCAGCUUCAGGAGAACCAAAAAAAUCUCAAAACGAGCCAUGAUGCACUAAUGGCCAAGGGAGAAGAACUUAAUUUGCAACUUAAAGAAGAGCGUUCAAAGUGCCUCCAUCUUGAGAGAGAAUUGCAGGCCACCACAUUUUCAAGACGACGAUUAGAAGAGCUACAAGACAGAAUUAAUGAUUUGGAAAAGGAGAGGGACCUUUUAAAGGAAAACUAUGAUAAAUUAUAUAACAGCGCCUUCGGUGUGACCCACGACCAGCAGUGGAAGCUGAAGGAGCAGCAGCUGAAACUGCAGAUCGGUCAGCUCGAGGCGGCUUUAAAGUCAGAUUUAGCAGAAAAGAACAAUAUUCUGGACAGAAUAAAAGUGGAACGAGACCAAAAUGAAAAGCUGGCCCAGGAGAAUCAAGAGCUACGAACGUGCUGUCUAGAGCAGAAGCAACAGCUGGAAGAGCUGAAGGACCGCGUGAAUUUUUUCACCAAGGUUCAUAGACAGCAAGCAAGUGGAGACCUUGUGUUUUUGGGGAAAGUAGAAGAUGACGUCCAUAAGGAUUUAGAGCGUUCCCUGCGUGAUCUUCAGGCAGUUCAUGCAGAAACUGUUCAAGAACUUGAAAAGACACGCAAUAUGUUAAUUGUGCAGCAUAAAAUCAACAAAGACUAUCAGGCAGAAGUGGAAUCUGUGACACGGAAGAUGGAGGUUUCACAGCAAGAUUAUGAGUUAAAACUGGAACAAUAUGUCCACCUUCUUGACGUUAGAGCUGCACGUAUCCAAAAAUUGGAAGCCCAGCUGAAGGAUAUCGCUUAUGGUACCAAACAGUACAAAUUUCGACCAGAAAUGAUAGCAGAUGAUCCCAUGGAUGAGUUUGAUGAAACUGCUCAUUUAGAAAGAGGGGAGAACUUGUUUGAGAUUCACAUCAGCAGAGUUGUAUUUUCUGCAGAAGCCACCAAAUCUUUCGGCGAUCAAGAGCCUGCCACGUUCUGUACCUAUGCAUUUUAUGAUUUUGAACUACAGACAACUCCAGUUGUUCAAGGCCUCAGCCCAGCCUAUAAUUUCACUUCUCAGUAUCUUGUAAGGGUAGAUGACUUCUUUCUGCAGUAUUUGCAGAAAAGUACUACCACCCUUGAAAUCCACCUUGCCUAUGGCAUAGACUUCGAAACAGCAGGUGCUUGUCAGCUAAGAUUCCAUGAAGUUCUGGAAAAAAAUGGUAGAAUCUGCAGUUCUGCCAUCUUAAUUGGCAUGGGAAGAGAAAUCCAAAAUUAUGGCACAGUGGAAUAUUGGGUCAGGUUAAGAGUUCCCAUGGACCAAGCAAUCAGGCUAUACAAAGAACGGGCAAAAGCCCUUGGCUAUAUUGCAGCAAAUCUAAAGGAUCAGCCAGUACUCAGUUCUCUCCAAGGCAGCACUUCAAUAGAUGGAAACUUAAACGAACUCCACAUUACAGUAAAAAGUUGUAACGAUUUGCCAGGCCGAAAGAGCAAUCUCCAGCCAAGUCCUUAUGUUGUCUACAAGUUCUUUGACUUUCCAGAUCACGAUACUGCCAUCAUUCCCAGCAGCAAUCACCCUCAGUUUGACGAUCAUAUGUGUUUCCCAGUGCCAAUGAAUGCCGAUCUUGACCGCUAUCUAAAAUCUGAAUUUUUGAAUAUAUAUGUUUUUGAUGAUGGUGAAACAGAAGAUGGGCUUUACGUAGGAAAAGCAAAUGUGCCUUUAAUUUCAUUAGCCCAUGGCAAAUGCAUUUCAGGGACCUUUGAGUUAACAGAUUAUGAAGGUUGUCCUGCUGGGACAGUUAACAUUGAACUGAAAUGGAAGCUGACUUAUCUUCAGCCAGCCGGUUCAAUUGUAGCGGCAAACCUCACAGAUUACAUCCAGAAUGAGAAACCGGUGAAGGGGCAAGGGGAAGGUCCACUGCUGGCUCCAUCUUUCUCAUCAUCAGUAAUGAGGCCACAGCCUAAGCCAAGGCAGCGCUCAGCUACAAUGGACAAGAAAGUUUCUUUUGUAGAUGUGGACCCCUUGCCAAAUUCAAGCCCCAUUCCUGAAAAAGAAGAUAAAAAGACUUUGCAGAAAGCUAAAGAUGAAAAGUCUGUACUUUUAAAUCUUCCACAGCCCGUACCAGAAACACAUGCUGACAGCAGAAUAAGCAAACCUGCAACUGAGAUUCAACAAGAACACGAGGACCUCUCUCAGCUCUCCGAAGGUCAACUUGCUGACCAGAGUUCAGCUACUUCAGGAGAUGAAACUGAAAUUGAGGAAGUGGAAACAGAAGAACAAGACAACAAACAGGCAGCUGCUGAAUCAGUCACAGAUAGCGAUGAUUGUGUGGUUCCAAGUUCAGCAUCCACAAGUCUUAAUCAGCCUGCUGAAAGAAUCCGGAUUGAAAUAGUGUCCCUCAGCCUCACAGACUCCCAGAUUUUGAUGGAUUGCACGAUACAGCGGCUUUUCGUAGAGUCCAAGUUCUCCAGUUUCAAAACAACUGAAACUCCUGUGGCGCUUCCAAAACCCAAAAGUGGGCAACGUGUGUACUAUAACUAUAGCCAUGUAAUACAUGUGGAUCAGCUAACGCACAAAGGAAGGUGGGACUAUCUCAAGGCUGUAGUUGGUGGAUCUGAGCCUAAACAUGGAAGUAUACGAUUUACAGUAGUAAGUGACCCUCCGGAGGAUCAGCAGGAUCUUGAAUGUGAAGACAUUGGCUUUGCUUAUGUUAGUCUAAGCCAGAUAUUUCAGAAACGACAAGACCUCACUGACCAAGACAUUGAUGUUUUCAAUUCGCAAGAUGGAGGAGCAGUCAUUGGGAAGCUGAGAGUGACAGUAGAAGCCCUGGCCGCUCUGCAUUCAGUCUGGAAGAAACUCAGAAAUGCCCAGGAACCCUGAACCUGGAGGCCUGGGCCUUCUCCCGGCACGUCUGAUGGAAAGCAAGAGAGAUGCUACCUUAUAUUUAAUGGAUAAUUUGUAUGUAAAGCCUGCUCCGUUUGCAGUUUAAAGUUUGUAUAUUUUUUCUCCUCGGUUUGGAUUUAUAUUUUUAUAUUUCCCUCUGUCUGUCUCCACCCCAGGGCUAUCUCCAUCCCAGCCCACGACAGACAUCAGCCUGUAAAUAAUUAAUGUCUAUAUGAUUGAAUGAUGGACCCUUUUGUUUACUGAAAAUAUAUAUUCAAAUUUUUUUUUUCAUGACUUUUGUCUAGUGUGUGUGUAUACAAAUACAAUAUUCCAUAUACAAAAGUCAUGAAAAAUCAAGUAAUUAUAUAAUGAUGAUGAUGAUGAUGAUGAUGAUGAUGUUAAUAAUAAUAAUAAUACACUUAAGCCUUAGAAAACUGAUUAAAAAUACCUUUAUGGUAUCCCUAAUCACCCCACUAAAUGGAAUGCCUGCGAUUAGCCUCAUUAAGAAUUUUAUACUGCGAAGCUUUUAUUAGAAGCAAUAUAUGAAAAUUACUUGGAUAAAUGUGUUAAUCUGCCUCUUUAAAAUGCUAAUAUCCAUUUUAUGCACAUUAAGUCUCAGUAUGCGUUUUCUUUGAUGCAUGCCAUUUCUAUCAAUUAAAUACAAAGAAUGAGACUAGUCCCCAGACUUAUUAAAUUACUGCAAGCUUUUAUAAAAAGAAACCCACAACUUUUGCCCUUCUGCUAACAGUUGAGAUUAUCAAAUUUUGAAGGGAGGGCAUUCCAUAAACGGUGCAUGUGGGCGUCUUGAAGGAGGGGGUCAUCUGUAAGCAAAAGAGAUUUACAUAUAUCAACUAUGUAUUGAAGUGUUUUACACUUCAGGUUUAGCUUUGUUCCCUCUCCCCCCUCCCCCUUUAAAUCAUAUUUAUAUAAUACAUGAUACAGCCUGGAAAUUCCAACUUUCUACCAAUAUUGAUGAAAGAUUUAGAUGUAAUUUGCAUGGGAUAGGUAACAUUAAAAUAAUCACAGAACAAUAGAGUUGGAAGGAGCCAUUUAUGCUGCUGAGCCCCAUCCUCUGCUCAGUUCCGUGAAAGAGUAGUAUAUUAUUUCCAGAAGCAAAUUAUUUCUGUGUGUAUGUGUUUGUAUGUGUGUGUGUGUUAUUUUCAAUUCUUUAAAUGGGAUUUUAUAGGCGAAGAGCUUCCCACUGUUUGCAAAACAGGCUAUAUUUCUUUUGUGAGCAUAUGUAAAGUAUUCAGAAAGAUAAGUAAUUUAUUAAAAUCUACCUAAUUUGCCAUGAUAUAUUAAAUCUCCGCUUCAGUGAUCACAGACCAUUUCAUUUAGAGAAUUAGGCAUUCCCUCUUUGUGUGAUUAAAGCUCUGGAAAAUGA